UUGCCGUCUUGCCUGCGACCUGUACCCCAGCCCUUCUUCUAUCGGUUUUCCGUCUCGCUUCAGACCUCCAGAAAAUCCUCCAUCGUCUACCAUCCUGCUCUGUGUACUUGUUCAGUGUGGCGGUUUACCAUCUCCUGAGGUGCUAUUUUCGUCCAAAGCAUUCAACCAAUCUCUCUGUUCUUAGGAGUUUCUGCGAGUUUGCCGGUGGAAAAAAUAUGGCAGAAGAAAGUGGCAAAAGUUACGCUCGAAGGGACAAGCUUUUGGAAAUAGAGUCAGAGGUUCAGAAAAUGUGGGAAGAGGGUGACGUUUUCAGAGCAGACCCCAAAGAUUCUCCUCCUUCGCCGGGUGAGAAGUUCUUUGGGAACUUCCCUUUCCCGUAUAUGAAUGGAUAUCUCCAUCUCGGGCAUGCAUUUUCUCUGUCUAAACUUGAGUUUGCCGCCGCUUAUCAUAGAUUGAGGGGCGAUAAUGUGCUUUUACCAUUCGGGUUUCACUGCACAGGGAUGCCUAUAAAAGCGUCUUCAGAUAAGCUUUUAAAUGAGAUGGAAAUGUUCGGAAAUCCACCACAGUUUCCUCUUCCACAAGAAGAAGAUGAAAAAAUUGGUGAGUCAGAAGUGAAGGGAGAGGGCGGAAAAUUCAAAGGAAAGAAGUCAAAAGCCAUUUCCAAGACAGGUGCCACUAAAUUCCAGUGGGAGAUCAUGAGGAGUUAUGGUCUGUCUGAUGAGGAGAUUGCUAAGUUUACUGAUCCGUAUCACUGGCUGUUGUUUUUCCCACCUCUCGCCGUGGAGGACUUGAAGUCAUUUGGGUUGGGUUGUGAUUGGCGGCGUUCGUUCAUCACGACUGACAUGAAUCCGUAUUUCGAUUCCUUCGUUCGGUGGCAAAUGAGGAAAUUGAUUUCAUUAGGAAAGAUUGUUAAAGAUCUUAGAUACGCUAUCUAUUCUCCCAAAGAUGGGCAGCCAUGUGCGGAUCACGACCGGGCUUCUGGGGAAGGAGUUAUUCCUCAAGAAUACACUCUUAUCAAGAUGGAGGUUAUUCCGCCUUUCUCGCCAAAUAUGGGUAAUGUUCUAGCAGGUAAAAAAGUUUAUCUUGCUGCGGCCACAUUAAGGCCAGAGACGAUGUAUGGUCAAACAAAUGCUUGGGUAUUGCCGGAUGGAAAGUACGGUGCCUAUGAGAUCAAUGAUACAGAUGUUUUCAUCUUGACCUAUCGGGCUGCCCGAAACUUAGCAUUUCAAAGGUUGUCUCUCAAAUCAGAGGAGCCAACGUUUUUGACUGAGUUCACUGGUCAAGAUCUCAUCGGUUUGCCCCUUCGUUCUCCUUUAGCCUUCAAUGAGGUCAUAUACACUCUCCCGAUGCUCUCUGUGCUUACCGAAAAGGGUACAGGUAUAGUGACCAGUGUCCCUAGUGACUCACCUGAUGAUUACAUGGCACUUCAUGAGUUGAAGUCUAAACCAGCCUUCAGGGCCAAGUUCGGCGUCAAAGAUGAAUGGGUCUUGCCCUUUGAGGUAGUCCCCAUCAUCAACCACCCAGAUUUCGGGGACAAGUCAGCUGAGAGAAUUUGCAUUGAGAAAAAAAUCAAAAGUCAAAAUGAUCGAGAAAAGCUUGAUGAGGCUAAGAAAUUGAUCUACAAGGGUGGGUUUUAUGAGGGGACCAUGAUUGCAGGAGAGUUUUCCGGAAUGAGAGUCCAAGAAGCUAAAAAUCUGAUCAGAAAAAAGCUUUUGGAAAUGAAUCUUGCCGUUGUGUACAGUGAGCCUGAGAAAAAGGUGGUUUCAAGAUCCGGGGAUGAGUGCGUUGUGGCUUUGACUGAUCAGUGGUAUAUCAUUUAUGGUGAACCCGAGUGGAGGAAUCAAGCUGAGGAGUGCUUAACCCAUAUGAGUUUAUACUCCGAUGAGACCCGUCAUGGUUUUGAGCACACAUUAAGCUGGCUUAACCAGUGGGCUUGUUCGCGUAAUUUUGGGCUUGGUUCCCGUAUUCCUUGGGAUGAACAGUUUUUGGUUGAAUCUUUGUCCGAUUCCACCAUUUAUAUGGCAUAUUACACUAUAUGUCAUCAUUUGCAGAAAGGAGAUAUGUAUGGCAAUGACCACUCCUCAGUCAAACCUGAGCAGUUAACGGACGAAGUUUGGGAUUUCUUGUUUUGUGGUGGUGCACACCCUACUCCCUGUGGUAUAUCAUCUUCUCUCCUUGAGAAGAUGAAGAGGGAAUUUGAGUAUUGGUACCCAUUUGACCUCAGAGUCUCUGGAAAAGAUCUUAUUCAAAACCAUCUCACCUUUUGUAUCUAUAACCACGCUGCCAUCUUCCCUAAGCACCACUGGCCACGCGGAUUCAGGUGUAACGGACAUAUCAUGCUCAACUCUGAGAAAAUGUCAAAGUCCACCGGAAACUUCCGGACCCUCCGCGAGGCCAUCAAAGAGUUUUCAGCAGACGCAACACGAUUCUCCCUUGCCGAUGCGGGCGACGGAAUGGACGAUGCAAACUUUGUCUUUGAGACGGCCAAUGCUGCAAUCUUACGUCUUACGAAAGAAAUUGCUUGGAUGAAGGAAGUUCUUGCUGUUGAAGAUUCAUCUUUGAGAAGAAGUGGAUCAGGACCGCCCACAUUUGCUGAUCAGGUGUUUGACAAUGAAAUGAACAUUGCAGUGAAAACAACGGAGAAGAGCUACAGUGAUUAUUUGUUCAGGGAGGCUUUGAAGACGGGUUUCUAUGAUCUUCAAGCUGCUAGGGAUGAAUACCGGCUUUCGUGCGGUUCGGCGGGAAUGAAUCGUGAUCUGUUAUGGAGGUUUAUGGAUGUUCAAACGCGGCUCAUUGCUCCGAUCUGCCCUCAUUACGCAGAGCAUGUAUGGAAGGAGAUUUUGAAGAAAGACGGUUUUUGCGUGAAAUCUGGAUGGCCGAAAGCCGAAUCGCCCAACCUAACACUUAAAAUGGCAAACACUUAUUUGCAAGAUUCGAUCAUAUCAAUGAGGAAGCUCCUGCAGAAGCAGGUGUCUGGCGGCUCAAAGAAAAAUGCGAACCCCAUCCAUAAAAACAAACCCAUGUUAGGUUUGAUAUAUGUUAAUGAGGAAUAUGAUGGAUGGAAAAUGGAAUGUUUGAACAUACUGAGGAGGAAAUUUGACACUGUUUCGCGCACCUUUGCACCUGAUAAAGAAAUCCUCUCAGAAUUACAGAAAUGUGAGGUUGCAAAAAAGGGCGAUUUCAAGAAAAUACAGAUGAAAUGUAUGCCUUUCCUUAGGUUCAAGAAGGACGAGGUUAUGACAGUAGGGGUUGGGGCGUUGGAUCUAAGACUUCCGUUUGGCGAGAUUGAGGUUCUAAGGACUAACUCAGGCUUGAUAGAAAGACAACUUGGGCUGGAAACAAUAGAGAUUUUGUCUUCCUCAAAUCCAAGUGAUGUUGAAAGGGCUGGAUCUCAUGCUUCGCUUUUGACGCAAAAUCCUCCGUCACCAGGCAUUCCGACUGCAAUCUUCCUCAACAAGUGAACUGUGUUGUACUACUGGUUUGAGCUGAAGCAUACUCCAUAAUUGCACUCUCUUUGGGGCUCAUGGUGAGAGGAUUCAGCUUCUUUCUCAUAAUCUCCUUCAGAUCGAUCUCCAGCAACAUGACUUUUUUUACAUGAACAGGUCAUUUCAGAUUUUUUGUCAUUGUUCAUUUUCCAUAUCGAAUUUCAUUUUGUGAUAAUUAUGAGCUGGUACAAAUGGCUAAUUUUGGAUUCUUCUAUUGUGAUUUUUUCUAACCAGGACAACAAAAACAAGUGUGUUAUGAAUUUAAGCUUGUGACUUUUGGAUAUCAUUAAUCAUAUGCCUUCUUAAUUUACUCAUGUUAGUAAUGGUAAAGCAAUGGUUUUACACUUUUACUAUUGUUUGAUGGGAGAACUAUCAAAUAAGCUC